AUGAUAUCAGCAGCGUUUGAUUCAUUUUCUCCCUGGGUCAUGACGAGUAAUAGGCACAUUUUUUCGUACAAUGAAGAAGGGUUAUCCCCAGAGUCUGUUAAAGAAAACAAAGAAGACGCUGUGAAAACAAUCUGGCAAAGAGAAACCUUGAUAAUGUCGUUAACUUUUUACUUUCCGACCUUUCAUGAUAUUUUAUUCAGUCAUCGCUUUUAG